GUGUGCGAGGAGAUCCUCGAGUGCUUGGAAGUGCUUCCGUAGCCGGUGCGCAAGCAGCUCCUCGAUUGCAAGUUGUGCGGUCUCGCGAGGAGUAGCUCUUCGUGUGUGUGGAUCACCUCCUGUGUGACGGUGGAUCAAGCGCUCCAGCGAGGAUGGUGGUCAAGGUUGGCAUCAAUGGGUUCGGCCGAAUUGGAAGGCUGGUCCUGAGGGCUUCCCUCAACCACCCCAACGUGCAGGUCGUKGCUGUGAACGACCCCUUCCUGGAUCCCGAGUACAUCGUCUACCUCUUCAAGUACGACACCGUGCACGGCAAGUACAAGGGCGAAGUCGGUCUGUCUGCUGACAASAAGCUGGUCGUCGAUGGCAAGGAGAUCGCCAUCUUCGCUCUCAGAGACCCUGCGGCGAUCCCAUGGGGACAGGCAGGUGCCGAGUAUGUGGUGGAGUCCACCGGCGUGUUCACGGACAAGGACAAGGCGGCUGCUCAUCUGAAGGGCGGCGCCAAGAAGGUGGUCAUCUCUGCUCCCUCUGGCAACGCCCCGAUGUUCGUUAUGGGCGUGAACGAGGAGAAGUACACGCCCGAUCUGGACGUCAUYUCCAACGCGAGCUGCACUACCAACUGCCUGGCGCCGCUGGCCAAGGUCAUGAACGACAACUUCGGCAUCGUCGAGGGCCUGAUGACCACCGUACACGCCGUGACGGCCACGCAGAAGACGGUGGACGGGCCAUCUGGCAAGGACUGGCGGGGCGGGCGCGGRGCCGGGUUCAACAUCAUUCCCAGCGGAACGGGCGCCGCGAAAGCSGUGGGCAAGGUUCUUCCCGAGCUGAAUGGCAAGCUGACGGGCAUGGCUUUCCGUAUCCCCACGGCUGACGUGUCGGUGGUCGAUCUGACGGUGAGGCUGGCGAAGAGCGCGACGUACGAGGAGAUCAAGGCUGUGAUUAAGAAGGCCUCGGAGGGCGAUCUGAAGGGUAUCUUGGGGUACACGGAGGACGAUGUGGUGUCGUCCGAUUUCAUCGGCGAUGUUAGGUCGAGCAUCUUCGACGCCAAGGCGGGCAUUGCCCUGAGCGGCAACUUCGUGAAACUGGUGUCCUGGUACGACAACGAGUGGGGAUACUCCAACCGCGUGGUGGAGUUCAUUGAGCACAUCUCCAAAGCUUGAUUAAGAGAGUGUGCAUAGGUAGCAGGUAUUUAGGAGUGUACAUGGGAUGUUGGCUUCGAGAGUAUCGGCUGCACCAUCGGCAGUCGCCGACCACGGAGCGUGGCGUAUGCGAUUUGGUUCGGCCGUUUCAUUGUUGCGCGUUUUCGUUGCAUUGUAGUUGGGUAGUCUGGGGAUUAGGAAGGGUUUCAGGUUGAGCACCAAUCAAUUACAUUAGGUCGUUUCUUCUUGAUCGUUGAUGAUCCUGCUAGGAUUGUGGUUGAAUAGAUGGAGUGGUAGUUAGGUUUAGUGGGUUCUCUUCUCGCUGCCUGCGCCAGUACUUCGGCGAGAACCGAGUCUUUUGUCGCACCUCAGUUUCUGUCAUUUUCAGUCGUUUCCAGGGAGGAGAAUGGCGGACGAAAGUCGGGAAGGGAUGGUUAGCAUUGGUAUUUUAACCGCUUCUUGAUGUUUCCUAACAGCGGUGUCUGUCUGUUAACUCGUCUUGUUCAGAGCGGCUGAAACUCAAUUUCACACCGAUCUCAUUUCUGAGAGAUUGUCUGUGUGACGGCUGCUCUUGGCGUC